GUGCCAACGGGAUGAGCCGCCCCGGUGGCCUCGGCACCCGCGGGCCCUGCGGCCGUGCCGGCGCCCGGGGCACUCCCGAAUCCCGAGUCCUGGCGCCUCUCCAUCCGCCCUCCUGCCCUGGGUCCCCGGGCGGGACGGGGCGAGACCCCGCGGCGGCCCCAGCCGUGGCCCUGGUCCCAGCCCCAGCCCGGCCCCGCCGGCAGGCACGGGCCCCCCCGACGCCUCCCCCCCGCAGCCCCCCCGGGUGCCUCUGCGGGAAGGCGGCUGGUUGCUGCAGCUGUGCCGCAGCCGCGGCGCCGGCCAGAAGGGCGCGGAGAUAAGAGAAGAAAACUUUAUAUGGAGAAAGCGCUGCUCGCGGUGCCGGUGCCGCGGCCCCUCUCCUCCCCCGGCGCUAGAAACUCCCCGGGGACGCGGGAGCGCGCGGGGGCCCCGGCCGGAGGGGCUGCACCGCCGGAGCGUGUCCCCCCGUCCCCCCCGUGCCCCCGUGCAUGCUCCCGCCUGCAGCGCGGCCGCCCGCGCUCGGCCCCGCCGCGCUUUUUCUGUCCUUGUUGUUUUAAAUAGGUGGGACCCAAACCGCCCGGUUUCCUGGAAACUCUGUUUUUCCUCCCUCCGCCGCCGUCCCGCCGGGGGUGUGCGCUGCGCCGGCUAUAUAAGCGGCAGAGCGGGGGCUGCAGAAGGGCAGCAGCACUGGUCCCGCCCGGCCCCCGGCCCCCACUGAGCCCCGCGCCGCCGGCCCGCGCUGGACACCAUGGCGGAAGAGCUGCUGCUGGAGGCCUGCGACCUGCAGCGCGAGAGCAACGGCCAGGCGCACCGCACCGGUGCCGCGGGCGGCCGGGAGCUGGUGGUGCGGCGCGGGCAGCCCUUCGCCCUCACCCUGCGCUUCGCCGGCCGCGGCUACGAGGAGGGGGUGCACAAGCUCGCCUUCAACGUCGAGACGGGGCCCUGCCCGGCGGAGGCGGCGGGCACCAAGGCCCGCUUCCCCGUCACCGACUUCCCGGACGAGGCGAGCUGGAGCGCGGUGCUGCAGGAGCAGGACGGUGCCUCGCUCUCGCUGUCGCUCUGCUCGCCGCCCGCCGCCCCCGUCGGCCGCUACAGCCUCACGCUGGAGGCCGCCACCGACUACCAGGGCACCAGCUUCAGCCUCGGAGACUUCGUGCUGCUCUUCAACCCCUGGCACCCAGAGGACGCGGUCUUCCUGCGGGACGAGGACGAGCGCGGCGAGUACGUGCUGUCGCAGCAGGGACUCAUCUACCAGGGCGCCCGGGACUACAUCACCGCCAGCCCCUGGAACUUCGGCCAGUUCGAGGAUGACGUCCUGGCCAUCUGCCUCAAGCUGCUGGACACCAACCCCAAGUUCCUGCGGGACCAGAGCCGGGACUGCUCCCGCCGCAACGACCCGGUCUACAUCGGCAGGGUGGUGAGCGCCAUGGUGAACUGCAACGACAGGGACGGCGGGGUGCUGGCGGGGCGGUGGGACAACCAGUACGAGGACGGCACGAGCCCCAUGGCCUGGCUCGGCAGCGCGGACAUCCUGCGGCGGUGGGAGCAGUGUGGCUGCCAGCCCGUCAAGUACGGCCAGUGCUGGGUGUUCGCGGCCGUGGCCUGCACCGUGCUGCGGUGCCUGGGCGUCCCCAGCCGCGUGGUCACCAACUACAACUCUGCCCACGACACCAACGGCAACCUGGUCAUCGACCGCUACCUGAGCGAGACGGGCGAGGACGAGCGGCGCUCCAAGGACAUGGUGUGGAACUUCCACUGCUGGGUGGAGGCGUGGAUGAGGCGCCCGGACCUGGCGCCCGGCUACGACGGCUGGCAGGUGCUGGACCCGACCCCGCAGGAGAAGAGCGAAGGGGUUUACUGCUGCGGGCCGGCGCCCGUCAAGGCCGUCAAGGAGGCAGAGCUGCAGCUGCGGUACGACAUCCCCUUCGUCUUCGCCGAGGUCAACGCCGACGUGGUCUACUGGGUGGUCACGCAGGACGGCUCCGAGAAGAGGACCACGCACUCCUCCUUCGUGGGCAAGAACAUCAGCACCAAGAGCGUGGGCCGCGACAGCAGGGAGGACAUAACCCACCUCUACAAGUACCCGGAGGGGUCCGAGAAGGAGCGAGAAGUGUUUGCCAAAGCGGAGCACGAGAAGAGCUACACCUCGGAGGAGGACGAGGGCUUGCACCUCAAGAUCAAGCUGUCGGAGGGCGCCAACAACGGCUGCGACUUCGACGUCUUCGCGGUCGUCCGCAACAACACGGACGCGGAGCGCGUUUGCAGGCUCAUGAUCUGCGCCCGGACCGCCAGCUACAACGGCACCGCGGGGCCCCAGUGCGGCAUGAAGGACCUGCUGAACGUCACGCUCGCGCCCCGCGCAGAGACGCGGGUGCCCCUGCGCGUCAUCUACGAGCAGUACGGCGCCCACCUCACCCAGGACAACCUCAUCAAGGUGGUGGCCCUGCUCACCGAGUACCAGAGCGGGGACGUGGUGCUGGCCGUCCGGGACGUCUACGUGCAGAACCCGGAGAUCCGCAUCCGGGUUUUAGGGGAGCCGAUGCAGGGGCGGAAGCUGGUGGCCGAGGUCACGCUGACGAACCCGCUGGGCACCGCGCUCAGCGACUGCGUCUUCGCCGUGGAGGGCGCCGGCCUCACCCAGGGGCAGCGGCUCCAGCGCCUGCAGGAGCCCGUGGAGCCCGGCGCCGAGGCCAGGGCGCGGGUGGACCUGGUGCCCCAGCAGCCCGGCCUGCACAAGCUCGUGGUGGACUUCGAGAGCGACAAGCUGAGGGGGGUGAAGGGCUACCGCAACGUCAUCGUCGCCCCCCCGCCCAAGUGAGCCGGCUGCCCCGGCCCCCCGGGCCCCGCCGGCCGCCCCAGCGCGGGCGGGCAGCGGGGACCAGCCGGGGGAGAGGGGCCGAGGGGCUCCCCGCGGGCAGCCCCCCGCCCCAACAAGCACCGAGCCAGGGGCGCCUGCAGGGAGCCUUCCUCCUCCUCCUCCUCCUGCUGCCGCCGCCCCGGGGAUGCGCAGCCGGGCGGCUCGCAGGGACCCCGGUGCUCCGGCAGCAGCGAGGAGCUCGCAGGGACCUGGCUGCGUCCCCUGGAGAGGGGGGGCCGACGCCACCCGCCCCAGGGCCCCCCGGGGAGCAGGGGGGAUUUCAUAGAGCCAACAGCAGCGAGACGAUCUGCCCUGGCAGCAGCACUCGUUUAUGCCAGUUAAAAUUCUCCGUGCGCUAUAUACCUGCCUAGCCUAACUAUUUAUAGCUCUACCCACGCAUCCAUAUCCAUCCAUAUCCAUCCGCUGCCUGUAACCCCGCCGCACGGGUCAAGCCGGCAUUCGCUUCUCUAACUCUUCCCAUCGCCGCAAACACCGCACUGUGAAGAACGGGACGUUACGUCGACAUGAAUUAACUAUGCGAGCACUGAAUAAAAACUCUUUUUCACUUCCAAA